AUGAUAGAAGAGGCGUGGUGGUAUUAUAUUGAUGUUUACCGAUUAUUAUAUCCUGAGUUACCUCGUCUUGAAUUUAUUGAUUUUGUAAAACAGAUAGCUUUUUGUGUACCAACACAAAGUUCAUUACAAAAUGAAUUAAAUACAACAUCACCAGACAUACUUUUAAAUGACUUUAAUAACUUUAAAUCAACUAUUCCAUGUUAUGGAGCAAUAUUAAUGGAUGAAGACCUUCAACAUGUUCUUGCAGUUCAAGCAUUUAGAACAACUCGUUGGGGAUUUCCAAAAGGAAAAAUGAAAAUUAAAGAAGACCCAGUAGUUUGUGCUGUAAGAGAAGUAGAAGAAGAAAUUGGAUUUAAUGUACUUCCCUUUUUAGUCAAAGAAAAUCCAAUUGAGAUUAUUAUGGGAAAGAAAAAAGUUACUUAUUUCUUUUGUCACCACAUUCCAUUAACAACACCAUUUCAACCAAAAACUAGAAUGGAAAUUCACAAAAUUGCAUGGCUUGAUAUCGAUGAUAUUACUAGAGAAGUCAUUGCUAAAAAUCCAGACUUUAAUUUUUUUAAUCAACAGAUGAUAAAUGCUAUGUUAACAUUUGUAGCUCAUCAAAAAGGUAUUGAACCUAAAUUAUUAGUUCUUGAUACUCCUUGUAAUUCUUCUUAUUUAUCUGAAAAUUCUUUUGGAAUGGAGUAUUUCUCAAAGUUAUAUACUAACGCUUUUAAAACUGGUUCACUACAUCGUUAA